AGUGAAAUAGAAACAAUUAUUUUAAUCAUUUAAAACAAAGAUGCCUAUUUCCAAAAAACGUGAGAAAAGGGGUAAAGGAAAAGCUUAUAGGAAACAAAAAGAUCCUGAUUUUAAAAAACUUGAAGUAAAUGGAAAGAAAAAACGCAUUAAAAUUCCAGUUAUAUCAAAAAACAUAUCAACACAAGUAGAACUCUCAUUAGAUUCACCAAUAAAGAGUAUUUUGGUCAAAGAUAGCAAAUUAAAAAAGAUCAAAAGUAAAAAGGAAACUAAAAUUGAUAAGGAUGCGGAAAUUAUUUUAAUUAAAAAAGUGAAAUUUAAAAUAGAACCUAAAAAGAAGAAAAAGAAGUCCAAUAAAUUAACUGAUAGUAUAUCUCAAACAGAUAAACAAUGUGACAUGGAUAUAGAGAUUGAUGAAAAUAAUAUAGAAAUAUAUGAAAAUGAUAUAGAAAAUAAAUUCAUUAGUGAUACAGAUUUGUUGGAAGGUAAUAUGCUUGCCAUAAAUGUGAAACAUGCCAUUAAAAAUUGUACUAAUAUAGGAUUACUAUCAAAUUCUUCUGCUAUUGAUGGUGAUGAGGAGGAGGAUUUAGGAGAAAAUGAGUUUGAGAAGUUUAGUAUAGCUAAACUUGAGAAUGAAUCACCAGAUACAUGGUUACAAGAGGAAGAUGAAAAAUCUCUAAGCAUGGAUUUAAAUGAGCUGAAGACUAAAGUUGAAGGAAUUGUUAAUGUACUUAAUAAUUUCAAUAGAAUGAAGGCAGAAAUUAAAAAGCCCCGAAAAUUUUUCUUAAGCCUCCUUGUGCAGCAUUUAGCCCGACUUUAUGGUUAUAAUCGUUUUCUGAUGGAACAAUUUGUUAGAUUGGUACCAUUGGAUCAGCUGAUUGAAUUCUUGGAUUGGAAUGAUAAGGAGAGGCCGAUUACCAUAAGAGCAAACACAUUGAAGAUAUCAGCUGGAGAAUUAUUGAGAUCUCUUAAACACAAAAAAGGUGGCGUUUUGAAGUGUGAUAAACUCACUUUUGGCCAGCUGCAACCAUCUACAGGGGAAAUUGAUUCUAAAUCCGCAAAAUCCCCCCAAUCAUCAUCAUCCAUAAAAGAAGACCCUCAUUUGAUAGUGGUUUACGAGAGUGCCUUUUCUCUUGGAGCAACGCCUGAAUACCUUGGUGGUCUUUAUGCCAUACAAGGCACUGCUAGUGCCUUAGCUGCUUCUGUCCUAGCUCCAGCACCAGGACAGCGUGUGCUUGACCUCUGUGCUGCACCUGGUGGAAAAACCUGUCACUUAGCUGCCAUAAUGAAAAACAAAGGCACUAUAUUUGCGAACGAUGUGAACGCCGACCGGGUUAAGGCUAUAUCUUCGAACUGCAACAGAAUGGGAGUAGUCAAUACUAUAAUUACUAACUACGAUGGUAGGGAGUAUCCUAAAGUGAUGCGUGGUUUUGAUAGGGCCUUGGUCGAUGCCCCCUGUAUGGGAACAGGAGUCAUUAGUAAAGAUUCAUCUGUGAAGAUUAAUAAGGAUGAAAUCUCGUUACGGAAAUGCACUAAAUUGCAAAGGGAACUUUUGCUAGCUGCCAUAGAUUGCAUAGACCCAAAAUCGGACGGAAUUAUUGUGUAUUCGACUUGCUCCCUCUUGGUGGACGAGAACGAACUGGUCAUCGACUACGUUAUGCGUAAGCGUAAAAUUAAAAUCUUGCCGACUGGAUUAGAUGUGGGCAACGACGCAUUCACCAAGUUUCGAGAGCAUCGAUUUCACCCAGAUAUGAAGUAUUGCAGGAGACUAUACCCUCACAUACAUAACACUGACGGGUUUUUUAUCGCUAAAUUGCGUAAGAUAUAUCAAAAGCCCGAACCUGAAAAACCUAGCGAUAGUAUAUCUACCAAAUCUCUCACUACAAAAAAAACCGAUUCUAACGUUAAAGCAAGAUUGAUUGAAACUAAAACUCGCAAACGAUUUCUCAAAAAAGGAUCGACUCACAUUAAAAGGUAUGGCAAAACCUAGAAUAAGGGAAAAGCGCGUGACUAAUUAAAAAUAUUGUUGGACUUCAUUUAUUCGUUAGUUAUAUUGCCUCGAACAAAAUAUAGUUGUUAAUUUUGAAUUACAUGUAUAUUUUAAUGAUAUCUUGGCCUUAAACCUUUUAAGAUGUUUUAGUUCGAUAUUAUGCUUGUUAUGUACCUGGUCAAAUAGGGGGGUUGAUUACGGUCAAUAUUCCAGGAGUAAUGGGGUCUCGGACAAAACCAAUUUCUGUGUGCCCUUAGUCGUAUGUU